AUGGAGACGGCCGAUGAAGUCCAGGAAGCUAAUUUCCGCCCCAAUGGACCACGCCCACAAUUGACAUCGCCGUGUCCGAGUCCGUGGACACGCUGGCAGCACCCGUUGACGCUAUCAAGGCGUUGCGGACCGAAUGAUGAGCGAGGGUUACUCGGAACAGACGGCGCUGCAUUGGGCAUGCAGAGCGCUGCCGAGAGCCCUGGAGCAACUGCCCGGCCUAGUGCAGAAGCCAUCAUCGAACCUCGACAGCUGCAUCUGCAUCUGCCACCUGGGGGUGGACAUUGCGUGAGUUGUAAGCGGUGGCCAGUGAGCGCAGAAAUGCGGUCGCUAAGUUGCGCAAUUGGGGCAAUGGGAGUAUGGCGAAACAUGAGUUCUGCAUUUUGGUGCAGCGAGUCUGACGUAAGGCAGUGGAAGUACGACGCACACAUCGACGGCGAGUCUGCCGCGUCCGGCAGGCGGCUGCUGUGGCGGUCUUCAUGGAUGCCGCAAAACCCGGCCAUCGUGUCAAGUUGUCAAGUGCAAGGGCCUUCCGGGAUACUUGCGCCGCAGGCAUCAAACUCGGAGAAUUCCAGACCCAAGGCGACUCUCGAAAGUCGAUGCCAGUCAGUUGCGGACUCGGCCUUCGGUGAUGUCGGCCGUUCCCUCGAUCUUGCCAGGGGCUGCGAGUUUGAUGAAAGCAACCGAAGGGUUGUGACCUGCUCGCCGAACGGGCCACGGACGGGUCCUCGAGAAGAUCAUACACGUUCGAUUGUGACGGUAGCUGGGACGGGUGGCGCAGUUGCGCAAGAUGAAUACGGGUACCUGCAAGAUUGGUCCUCAAGCAACUUUCGGGGCGAUACACAGCAUCUUUUGGAACGUUAG